GUGACCUUUGAACCGGAACCGGAAGUGUCGGAAGCCGUGCUAAGUUUUGUUAGUAUUGUAGUGGUGACUCAAAGCUGUCGCAGAAUUUUUUCGAGAUAGUGAGCUAAAUUAUCUGUGUUGCACAUUUUGCAUUUAUGCCGAAGAAAUGCUUUAGUUUUUAGUAAGACAUAUGUAAUUGUUUAGCUGCCGACCACAUGAAAGGCUUUAUUGACUGUCAUUGUCACAUCUCUGCUGAAGAGUUUGAUAGCGACAUCGAAGAUGUCGUUGAUAAUUCCAAAAAGAAUGGGCUCAUAGCGCUUGUGGCCGUUGCAGAAUAUGCAGGGGAGUUUGAGAAGAUCAUACAGCUCUCUAAAAGGUUCCCAGGGUUUGUGUUUCCAUGCCUUGGCAUCCAUCCAGUUCAGGGUAUACAUCCAGAAGAGCAGAGGGGCGUGACAUUUCAGGAUUUAGAUGCUGCCUUGCCUCUGAUAGAGAAAUAUAAAGACCAGCUUUUAGCAAUAGGAGAGGUUGGUCUUGAUUUCACUCCUCGAAUCGUUAACAAUGAAACUGGAAAGGAAGAACAGCGACGGGUGUUAAUUCGGCAAGCUGAGAUUGCGAAACACCUCGACCUUCCACUGAAUGUUCAUUCAAGAUCAGCGGGCAGGCCUACUAUUCAUCUUUUGAAGGAGCAAGGAGUGCAGAAGGCUCUGCUCCACGCCUUUGAUGGAAAGCCCUCAGUAGCAAUGGAGGGUGUAAAAGCUGGUUACUUUUUUUCUAUACCUCCUUCCAUAAUAAGAAGUCAACAGAAGCAGAAGCUGGUGCAGCAGCUGCCGUUGGAGAACAUGUGCCUGGAGACGGAUUCACCGGCCCUCGGCCCAGAGAAGCAGGUGAGGAAUGAGCCCCGGAACAUCGUCGUCGCGGCGGAGUACGUUGCCAAGGUCAAAGGUGUCUCCCUGGAAACAGUGAUGGAGAUAACGAAGCAUAACGCCCUGAAGCUCUUCCCUCGGCUGAAACCUUUCAUCAUGGCCUGACAGGACAGAUCUUACAAGCUGUAGCGUUAAUAUUAUGUUACACAAAAUGUACAUGCAGCCUGUGAUUGCUUUAUGAUUAGAAAAAAAUAAAUAUGUGUUGUUAUUU